AUGUCAAAAGACUACUACGAGUACGAAGAAUACUCUCGUCGCCGACGUGACUUUUCUCCCGACAACUAUUCCGGUGGUGCCCCAGGGUCUCAGCAACAAGGCCCUCCUCCUCCUGGCGCUCCUCCUUAUGCCUCAACCUCCCGUCUUGAUGAUCCUUACUACGGCGGCAUGCCUCCUCCUCCGCGGGAGCGCAUGACCCUCGAGCCUCCCGAGUCACAGAACCGCCCACGAUCUGUCCCACCAAACACCACCAUGGUCCGACGCAGCCGCUCUCGUUCCCGUCCUCCCUCGGACGACGACGACUAUGACGACAGACGGAGCUCACGAAACCGCUCACAGAGUCCCGUUACCCGCGCUCGGAACGUCGUUGAUGAGAACUUCUCUCAUUCCGCCGGCGGCAUCGGCGCCGGUAUCUUAGGCGCUGUCGUUGGUGGUCUUGUAGCUCGCGAGGCGACUGAAGCUGCAACACGCCGCAAGCACAAGACCCGGGGUUACGAAGACGAGAAUGAGGACCGCACUCGUCUCGUUUCCACCAUUCUCGGCGCUGUCGCCGGUGGCCUAGGAGCCAAUGCUCUCGCCAAUAGGGUUGAAGAUUCUAGGGAGCGAGACCGACGACGCCAACUCGACUGGGAGCGUGAGCGCAGCUACGUGCGCGAGCAGGAGAUGCCCCGUUAUGAGCAACGGAGAUCCAGUGACCGUGACAGAGAGGACGACCGUCGCGAUCGUGACCGUGACCGUGACCGGUAUGAUCGCGGCAGGGCACUACCCCAAAAUGAUGAUGAUGAUUAUGACUUCGUCUACGAUGAUCCGCGAUACGAAGAUCGAGAACCUAGGCGACGUAGAAGCGAGGACAACUACCGCUAUCGCCAAUAG